GAGUGUGCGGAAAGGGAUCGGAGAUGGGAGGAGGACAUGGACACGGCAGCGUUACCUAUAAAGGGGUCACCAUCCACCAGCCCAAGCGGUGGCAUACCGUCACCGGGAAGGGAUUGUGUGCCGUCAUGUGGUUUUGGGUUCUGUACAGAGCUAAGCAGGAUGGACCUGUAGUUUUGGGGUGGAGGCAUCCUUGGGAAGGUCAUGGCGAUCAUGGACAUGAUCAGCAUUAGGUCCAAUGUCGAGUUCGAGGCAUGGUCGCUCUGUAAACUCUCACCUUGGUGAGCUUUUGUUGUAUGUGUGGGUUGAUGAAUUUGCCCUUGUAUCAUCAGUUCUUUGGUCUUUACAAUUCAAUAAGUGGGCAAAAAGGAUAUAUUGUUGUUAAUUGUUAUCAACCAGACCAUUCAAAAACCAGAUCAUUGUGCACUUAAUUUUGCUUAAU